AUGGUCGUGUAUGUCUUCACUAACUUGGUGACCUUCUUGACUCACAUUUGGAAGUUAAAGCUCAAGCAUGCUGUUGCAAUCAUGAACAUUAAAGGUGGAGCGGAAGGUAUCACUGGGUUAGUGGAGGCCGCUCUCAUAGAUGCUUAUCUUGGCUACUCUGGGAUGUUUCUCAUCACAAGUGUUCUUUACAGCAUUGGAUUGGGGUUGCUAGUAAUGUCAGUUCCUGAUCAGUUCUUUUCCAAUGGUGUAAAGUCAUGUCCAGCAAGGGAGAAAUUAUGCUCUUCAAAGCUAACUACUUCACCAUUCUAUUGGGGAUUAGCUUUGAUUGUUCUUGCCAAGGCUGGUCAGGGAAUAUGUUUGAAAGCUCUCACCUUUGGUAAAAUAAAAUUCAAAAGAGGUCCACCCAAAACGAAGGUAAUCAAAUUUGUUUGGUUGCAGUUUGAAGUUCGCCGAAGACAGAUUCGAGACGAAAGGAAACGUCAGAAGAAUAUUAUUCAAAAUACCUACAACAUAGUUGGAACUGCAAGUGGCAUCACAUUGGUUUUUGUAAUGUCAAUUUUUGCUCCUGAUUGGUCUCAUCAAUUUUUGAUAUCUGCAUAUGGUACAGAAUUUAACUAUAGGGAUGAAGAUCAGACACCUCAAGGUCAAGAUCACAACCAGAAGACACCUCAUGGUCCCAAGAAAAGGACGACACUCAUCGAUCACUGUCGGUGGCUCAAUAAUGCUGCAAUAAAUGUGCCAUGCAAUUUUUGCUACCUUCCUAAUGGAUGGAUUAAUUGCACAGUGGAUGAGGUUGUGGAGAUAAAGCUUCUAUUAAGAAUGGUUCCAAUCUUAGCUACCUUUCUUUUGUAUGGGGUGAUCAAAUCCAAUAGAUUCGCGAAUUGUGCAGUGCAACCUCUGUAUAUGAUAGUAUUUGAACGACAAAUAGAGCGAAUAAAUGGGAGAUGCUCAGCUGGAAUGAAGGUUGGCUUAGGAAUGCUUGCCGAUUUGGCUUGUUGUAAAGUUGCUUGUUUGCUGAUGGGAAUCAUAGAUGGAUUAGCUCUUUAUGGUAUGGAGGAUUUCUUUAAGUAUCAGGUUCCAGAGUCAAUGAGGAAGAGAUAUGCACUCGUACUCACUGAAGCUGUGGUUGGAUGGGGAAAAAUACUGAACAUAGGGUUUAUUAUGAUAUUAGACAUGGUGGUCAUGAAGUUAAUAGCUAAAGAUGGAAGUUGGAUUGCAGACACUAUGAAUCAGAGCCUUUUGGAUCUUUUUUAUGCUGCAUUAGUGGUGGUGAGCAUAGCCAAUCUGUUAAUCUUUGCAUAUGUUGCUAGAUGUGCUUUCAAAUCAUGGCGUUCAUCAAUUUCAAAUCCCCAAUUCAUGAAAACCCAUCUUGGUAUGUCAUCUAGGACCGAUAAUGAUUAUAUACAGCAGAGACUGAUACUGAGAUAUAUUCACGAAUUUGAUUUGAAGUUGUGA